AUGGACCACCAACCAAUUCGAACAUCAAGGCAACAAUUAAAAAUGGACAAUGUUGAAGUUACCGCUGCAAGUGGAAACUCCGGGAAAAGUGGGGUCAUUGUAUGGACCACUUCCAUGACCAACACUAUGCUAGGUUUUUUGGCUGACCUUGUUGCUAAAGGGAAGAGAACUUCUAGUGGAUUCAGGGAGACACAUCUCAAACAAUGUGCUGCUGUUUUGAACGAGCAAUUCAAGCUAACUAUCACCUCUGAUCAAGUUAGAAACCAUCUCAAGAAGUGGAGGAAGAUUUGGGUCAGGGUUGUCAAUUUGAAGAAUUUAAGUGGAGCUCUAUGGGAUGAAGAUACUUGCACAAUUAGGCUCAGCGAUGAGCACUAUGCAGGUCAUUGUAUGACCCACAAACCUGAUGCUCCCUUCUUGAAUAACUCAAUUGAACACUAUCAUGCUAUGGCGACCAUUUUUGGAACAACCGGGGCUAAAGGGAUGAAUGCAAGGUCUGGAAAUGAUCUCCUUUCUAUUGACGUCGAUGAUGAGGAGAAUGGUGAGGUGAAUGGUGAGAUCAACACGUCACCGCAAGUUGGUGAGUCUUCUGACCCCAAAGGACCACCAAAAAAGAAGGCCAAGGUGGUGAAAGUUCUAGAGGAUCCACUAGGUGCCAUUCUCAAAGAUGGGUUUAAACUUGUGGCUGAAGCUCUUGUGAAAUCUGGUGGAGAUGAUGAUGAUAUACCCGAUGACCUUUGGGAUGUAGUCUCUUGUUUGAAAGAAUUUGAUGAAGAACACCUUGCCCAUUACUAUGCUCAUCUUGUUGACAACCCCAAGACUGCAAGGGCCUUCAUGAAGCUUUCCGAAACCAACAAAUCUGUUUGGGUGAGUAGGUAUGUGAAGAAGAACUUCUAA